UACUUCUUUAAAUCUAUUUUUAUACAAAAGAGUUAUUUACGGUUUAGUUAAUAAAUCCUCAGGAGAUUAAUAAAUCUUCGACUCCUCUCGGAUAGUGAAGUCCCCGGAGCUUUGUUACAUUCUCACGUCAAGUCCCCGGAAGAUUUAAGAAACCAGAUUCUUUAUGAAAAGACUAUUCAAUGGCGUUUUCAUCAAACUCAGAAAGGAGAUGGGUUUUUCCUCUAGCAAUGGCUUCUCUCAUGUUCAUAUUCCUCACAGCUGCAUCCUUCAACAUGGGUCUCCUCUCUUCCGUGCGUUCCAUUAACUCACUCAUCUUCUCCUCAGAUAAUCUACCAUCCACAAACGAAACAACCGUCAAUUUCGUUGAGUCAAAGAUCAACAACCACUCCUCUUCUCCUCCUCCUCCUCAUGUACAGUCUAGUCCUCGCUUUGGUUAUCUAGUUUCAGGUUCAAAAGGCGACUUAGACUCUCUAUGGAGAGUGUUACGAGCACUGUACCAUCCUAGGAACCAAUACGUUGUUCAUCUCGAUCUCGAGUCUCCUGCCGAAGAAAGAAUCGAGCUGGCUAAACGUGUGAGUGAAGAUCCUGUGUUCACCGACGUUGGAAAUGUUCACAUGAUCACAAAGGCUAACCUCGUAACGUAUAGAGGACCCACAAUGGUCGCUAAUACGCUUCAUGCAUGCGCCAUUCUUUUGAAGAAGAGUAAAGAUUGGGAUUGGUUCAUCAACCUCAGCGCCUCAGAUUAUCCUCUAGUGACUCAAGAUGAUCUUAUUCAUACAUUCACAGGGCUGGACCGGAACCUCAACUUUAUCGAAUACACUAGCAAACUAGGCUGGAAAGCAGAGAAAAGAGCAAAGCCUCUGAUCAUAGACCCGGGGCUUUACUCGACUAAGAAAUCAGAUGUCUUCUGGGUUACACCUCGUAGAACCAUGCCUACUGCAUUCAAACUAUUCACUGGUUCUGCUUGGAUGGUUUUAUCACGGUCCUUCGUAGAAUAUUGCAUCUGGGGAUGGGACAAUCUUCCACGGACACUCCUAAUGUAUUACACAAACUUCCUCUCCACGCCGGAAGGAUACUUCCAGACCGUUAUAUGCAACACACCAGAGUAUUCGAGCACGGUGGUUAACCACGACCUGCAUUACAUCUCAUGGGACCGUCCUCCAAAGCAGCACCCUCGGACACUCAACAUCACCGACACGGAGAGGAUGAUUGCAAGCGGAGCUGUGUUUGCCCGCAAGUUCAAACACAACGAUCCUGCUUUGGACAAGAUCGAUAAAGAGCUGCUCAGUAGAGAAGGUAAUGAUGGGAAGAACUUUACACCUGGUGGUUGGUGUUCAGACAAACAUAAAUGCUCCAAGGUUGGCGAUCCGUCAAGGAUCAGUCCUGGCCCUGGAGCUAACCGGUUACAGGAGCUUGUUAGCAGACUUGUUUCGACAUCGGAUCAAAGGAAAUGUAGAUAGGCGGCUCUCUCGAUACACUUACACAGCUGAAUGCUUUAGAGGCGGUUUUUGUUUUUAGAUGUUUCAUGUCUAAUUUAAACGUAUACUUGUUACUACAAUGUGACCAAAUAAUAUACCAACUCACGUCUUCUCUUCAC